UUGUUGUUUGAUGCUAGAUCAGUGAAAAUGUAAACUAAAUAAAAUAUUAAAAUGUUUGGGUAUUUAAAUUGUUUUUAUGUGCACGCCGCCGUUGUAAUAUUAAUUAUAGAAACAUGUAUAAGCGAGCCGCAAACGCCGUACCUGGCGCUGUACAGCCCCGGCGACACCGAGUACACGGACGUGCUGGUGCGACGCGCGCACGACAACCUCACGCUUGUGUGCGAGGUGCGCGGCGAACCUGCGCCUCGCGUGUUCGUGUGGAACUACGUCAGCGACAACGACAACGACACCGACAGCGGCCGGCCCUUUGCCACGGAGCCAUCUGGCAAGACAGGCAGUAGUCGGCUGGAGAGGACCGACCUGCAGCUGUCCGAUAGCGGCCAUUACAUUUGCUCCGCGCCGCCGUUCAGCAGCACUAAGUAUGUGCUGGUGCAGCCGAGAGGGCCCAGCUACUGCGCGCGCGGCGCGUUCUGGUGCGGCUCGCGCUGCGUGCUGCCCGCCUACGUGUGCGACGGGCGCCGCGACUGCGAGCACGCGGAGGACGAGCGCCCGCCGCUGUGCGCGCCGCAGCCCUGCGCGCGCAGCGACAAGCUGAACUGCUCGUCGGGGCGCUGCAUCCCCGAGGCGGCGUGCUGCCGGGCCGGCGCGCCGCUGUGCCCGCAGCCCACGUGCUGCAACGAGCACCCGCGCUACUCCACGCUGGAAGGUUACGUGGAGGUGGAGUACCCGCCGCUGUUCGAGGACAGACACGCGCCGGACGAGUACGGCUUCAUUCAAUCCACGAUAUACACUGUCACAGCGUGCGCGCUCAUCUUCAUGAUCGCGGUGGUGCUGCUGGUGUCGGCGCUGUGCAAGAUGCACCUGAAGCGCGUGGCGCUGCGCGGCUACGCGGCGGCGCACCGCGACACGGCGCACCACUACGCCCAGGCACGCUACCCGCCGCGGUACGAGGCCGCUCGACUGCUGGAGCCCGGAGUUUCCUCGAGUCCAGUCAGAAAUACACUCUGCGCCUCGGAGUUGCCUAGUCCGGAGACCCCGUCGACAGGCGCGAGUGAAGCGCUAGAGCCGCCCCCGUACACCGGGGGCUUCGGUCUCGCCAGGUUAUCCGCCAUUUUCUGCUCCAGGUAUAGGCAGGUGCCGACGCAGUGCUGCGACGUGGAGCUGACGGCCGCGGGUGCGCGCGCGCCGCACGACGACCUGUUCUUCGCCGAGCCCGAGCCGGCGCCGCGCGACCUGGACUACAUGGCCGCGCCCGUCGAGUUCUUCCGGCGCCGCGCCGCCCGCCGCAACACCAUAGAGCGCGUGAUGGAGCAGCUGGGCGCGGCGCCGCGGCCGCCGGCGCUGCAGCUGGGCCGCUUCCAGCUGAGCCUGCCGCGCUUCCGCCGCGACCUGCCGCGCCCCGACACGCCCAACGUGGCCGAGCUCACCCUCGACCUGCGCCUGCCCGCCCCCGCCUCCCCCGACACCUACACGCUCAACGGCCGCACCGUCCGCCUGCUGGGCGCCGCCUGCGCGCCCGCGCCGCCGCCCUACUGCGAGGCCGUGCGCUACAAGUGCGGCCCGCCGCCGCCCUACCGCGGCGCCGACUCCGAGUGCGCCGCGCGCAGCAACGUCGAGCUGCCGCCGCGCUACGACGACCUGGCCGCGCUCGGCCCCGCCGCGGACACCGACGCCGCCAACAACAACGUCGCAGUCGCUGCCGGCGCCCGCCCCGCUGCGGACGAUGCCGCAGUAGACGCGGCCCGCUAUACUCCCGCUGCGACCGACGACGCGGGCGACAUUAUCGCGGGGAGCGACGUCACGUCUAACGGAUUGCGAGAUAGCGUGAGCGACGCGACUACCGUUAACGAUAACGACUUGUUUAUCGGCAACGACAGCUAUCCUGAAACCAUAAGUUCCGUUAUCGAUAACUUGCCAGCCAUCGAUAGUGACGUGAACGCGAACGAUACGCUGUACGGCAGCAGUGCCGCGAUCACCACGUAGUCUAGGAUGAGCCCGGCGACUCGGUCUGAAUAGAUAAUCUCUCGAUGAAGGUGAAGUGCUCUUAGUGUAGGUGUUCAAGUUAACGAACCCCGCCGUCCCCGUCGCAAAAAAUUUUUUUUUUUAAAAGUAAUGUUUUUAACAACAUGUCACUUAAUAUUCAAUGAGAUUUUUAAUUUAGUGUUAUUUUUCUUUUUCUUGAGUUAUUUUCUCGGAAAGAAGUACGUAAUAUUGUUAAUAAUUUCAAAAAUAUUAGUUUUAAAAUUACAAGGUGUAUUUGGACCCCAUGCGUUGCUCGUAUUGGCAAGAGACAAACAUCCAAAUCCAUAUCCAAAUUCAAAAUUGUCUUAUCACAGGCACUUAUUAAGCGUUCUUAUAUAAAAUAAAUAAAUAUCCCUCGACUAUAUCCCCUCACAGAGGAUAAAAUUUGCAUGUCCACCUCCCGUCAAUGCAUGGAAACGGGGAACAGGAGAUGUUUAUCCCCGUUUAUGUAUCAAACGUAUAUUAUUUGGGUAUUAUUUCCACUUGUGGAAUGCUCGGAGAGUUGAUAAAGCUGUGGGAACAGAUACAAUUUUAUCCUAUCUCCGGGGAGAAAAAUAUCUCAUGCCCGUGCCAGCCGCGGGGAGAACAAUGCAAUGAACAGACAAUCAUGGUAGUAGUCCUGAUAGCCAUACUAUGCGCCGGGGACGGCGGAACGUGACUAACGCCAUCGUUAAAUUUCCAUUUGUUUGUGACCAACAGUAUAUAGUAACAUUAUUUGACAACUCUAUAGAAAUUUGGUUGAUUAACUUAACUGUCAGGCUUCUUAAAUUGAGAUUUGACACUCCUAGCUCAGAUUGAUACUUAAUAGCAUCCGGGCCGGGGAAAGUAGUUAGUAUUUUAAAAAAAAAACUAUUUUUACGUUACUUUGAUUCGUAACGGUUUUCAAUUAGUGAGGUUAUGUUCUAAGGGGAAAUUAUUUUUUAAGUGACAUUAUCGAUAUGAUUUUAAUAUACACUACUGACUUAUUCUUAUGAAUUCUAAUGGAUUUCAAAAUAUAAAUUAAUUCAAACAAAUGUUUUAGUACAAUGGAAUAUAUUAUCCCUGUAGUAAAUGACUCGUUUCUCUUUAUUAUUGUAAUAAAGUGAUUGGUUUUUGGUAGUGUAAUUUUAUAAAUUUAAUAGCACGUCAAUGAAGUUAUUAAUGAAUAAGUGCCUUAAUCAAUGAAAACAAACUAGUCACAUACCGCAGCUUUGCUCAUUGUUAAUAGGAUCACCGACCUAGCUGUAUAAUAUAAUGCACCAGUCAUGUUACUAGUGAAAAAUGUAAUUAAUGUGCACGUGCCAUUAUGAUGGAAACAUAUUGUCAAACCGCACCGCCUCUACGUGUCGAGAUGUACGACCCGGAGGCCAUUUUGUAAUACACAACAAAAGUCGAUAUUAACCGCAUAGACCUUGCGUGACGACGCGUAUGUCUUGAAAUCAAAUUUCAAGUAUGCUGGCACCAAAUUACCUACACCAGAGUGCCUAAUCCGAGAUUUACUAUCGAUAUAGAGAGAACGGAAUCUAGUGAAAAUACUGUUUCCCCAUAUUUAAACUAGAUGGCGCUCUUUCGGUACCAUAUAAAUCAUAGUUAACUUCCACGCGUCGUGUGUCGUCUGGACUCCGUUCGGUCUUAGCGAUUCAGAUCGUCGGUCCGUCGAAUAAAUAGCAUUAGAUCAUUCUUUGUAUAUGUGGUCACGUUGCUGUUGGGAUCGGGAAGUGUAUGGCUGUUAAACUGCAACUGUUUCCAGUUUAGCACAUUUAUUGCGUCCGUACAGAGUCAUCAGAUAUGGUUAGCAAUCGAGCGUUUAAUUUUUUUGAGUUAAAAACGUCGUAAUGCAUAUAAGGACCGUACACACCCGUCGAACCGUUUUGUCGGAUGUUUGAAUGUGUUUCUAUGUGUCUAGCAUACUACAACAACAACAACAACAUGUGCAACAUCUUGGGGAUUAACAAAUUGUGUUCCGGGUCAUUAAUAUUUCUCAUUUUAAAUUAGUUCAAAACUUUAUAAUUCUAAAUAGAGGGUUAAUUCAGAAAGCACAUUUGAAAUGGUAAAUGCUAAAAUAAUGUCUAGAAAUAUUAUAUUUUUUCAAAAUGACUAUAAAUAAUAAUACUGUAAUAAGUUCAACUGACAAAUAACUUAAAGUUUUUAUCAUAAUUAAUAAGAUAAGAAUCAGUCAAAACUGAUUUUAAAAAUGAGGUGAUUCAUGUGAUUUUAUAUGUAUUUAUUUGUUAAUUUAAAAUUACUUGACUUAAAAUACUGUUGUGAAUGUACUUUAUAUUUCUUAUUAAUGUAUAACUCGUAAUCAUGUCAACAUAGAUACAGUUUUAUAUGUAUACGCUUAGUAUAAGAUUUGCACGCUCGCAAACAUGGAGUCACUGCGCGUAUCUAAACAUUAUCCCGUCAUAGCAAAAUUGACCUAAUUUUCCUUGACUUAGAGUCGAAAAUUCUUGCAAAUGUUAUGCCAAAAACACUAGCCAAACAAUUUUGGACAAAUUCCACU